AUGCUGAACAACGUCGAUUUAAACUCUCAGGACUCUUUCUACCCGCAGUUUGAUACCUGUACUGACUCCGCCAUCGGAAUGAUGGACACUAAAGAUAAUCAGAAUGUCUUCAUGGAUGCUGAACACACCACAAGUGCUCAGUUUUCACACGAAACAAUAGUCACUCCCAAAACAGAGCCCACUGAUGUGGAUCAGUACUCCUCGUGUCAUGGUUCCAAGGCGAGCUACGACACCUCGCUGUCCUACUCGGGCAGUUUCUUCGUGGAGGGCUGUCAGGGCACCCACUGCAGUACGGAGACUUUGCUUAACAUGAUCACUGAGAUUGUAGGCAUCUCCACAGGACCAGCUUCAGAAUCACAACAGCCCCAAGCCAUGGCAGAUCCUCCAUCAUCUGAGGCUGCAACUUUUCCCGUGGUGGUGAAAAGUGAGUUUGAGAGCAGUGGUGGUUGUUAUUACGAAUGGAGCACCUUCGGGAAAUCCGACAGCUAUCUCAGAUCAGACGCUUUUUCCGCGUCGAGCGACUUUCCGCCUGAGCACCAGCAGGUGGACAUGAAAGAUUUGCUGGAGUCACUGUCUCCGGCGUGUCCUAACCCAGAGAUGGAGUUUAAGGUAGAGCCGGGGAUAAAGCAGGAGCACGGUUACGGGGAAGCAUGCACCCAAAGUUUUGGCAUUCCCACCUAUAGCUACCCAGCUCCGGUUUUGGACACACCAACCAACAGUGUUCUCAAACCAAGCAUGUUUUCAAACUUCCAACAACUACCAGGACAGUGCGACCCACCCUACGCCACCUCCACUAUUGACACUCUCCUGUACUCCUCUCUCCUGCCCCCGGAGCCAUUCGCUCUGAGUCACACACGUCUGCCAAAGCCACCAAGGGCACGCAAGAGCACUAACCCAACCGCUACUUCCACCACCAAAGAAAAGCCCUUUACAUGCCCGAUGGGCGCCUGCGACAGGCGCUUUUCACGCUCGGACGAGCUCAACCGUCACAUCCGGAUUCACACGGGCCACAAACCCUUCCAGUGCCGCGUCUGCGCCCGCAGCUUCAGCCGCAGCGACCACCUGACCACACACACUCGCACGCAUACAGGAGAGAAACCGUUCGCCUGCGACGUCUGUGGCAAGAGAUUCGCACGCAGUGACGAGCGGAAGCGGCACGGACGCGUGCACCUCAGGCACAAGGAGAAGUCUGAGCUGGAGCCCCAAGGAGUCUCUACCUGGCCCUUCACUCUACCUGAGACUAUCUGA